AUGGCACAGAAUAUACAAAGUUUGAAUCAGAGAGAGUCAAAUUGGAGGAAGAUAUUCCGAUCUUCUAUGUUUUUUUCGAAAAUCCUAAACGAAUGGAAAACAUAAAGAAGCUGGAGUGAAGUAUCGAUUUGCAUUCUGGAUGCACUGAGUACUACGUUGCAGAAAUAUAACACUAUUACAGUGCUCAAAUUGCCCAACUGUCAAAUAAAUGCUUAUGGCGUCAUGCAAAUAGCAAAGAUGCUGACGGAAUUAAAAUGUCUAAUUGAUAUAAAUCUGGAUAACAAUUCGAAUGUGCAAGAGAAUUAUUUUUUACUUUGCACACCAGCUACAAAUUUGCGCUAUUUAUCUUUGAAGAUGUGUAAGUUAUCCGAUAAAGGUAUACAAAAGAUCGCAGAAGAAUUGAAAUUCUGGGACUUGCCAAAUAAUUCAAAAUUAAUUGCUCUUAAUGUGGCGGAUAAUGAUAUUACAGACAUCGGUGCCGAAUAUAUCUCUGCGAUGUUGCGAACUAAUCGAUCUCUACAAAGCAUCGUCUUGACAGGAAACAAGAUACAAGAUGACGGAGCCUUGCUGAUAAUCCAGGAACUUUGCAUGUAUUUUUAAUAAUAAAAGCGAUAAAAGCGAAUAAAUUAAAUAUUUUCGGUUUAGGCUGCUAUCUUUAAUAAUAAUAAUAUAACACGAUAGGUCCCCUUUGACCCACGAAGAAGUCGUCGAUCUUCGACGUCGCAGAUUUCUCGAGCUAGAGAGCAAGGUGGAUAACGGAACUAUUCAAGAAACUUCGCGGAAGAUAAAUAAAACAAUGCAGCAUCAGAAUUUAAUUCAGAAUUCUAAAAAAAGUACGUUUAAUAUUUUCCAAUUGUCUGAAAAAUUCAUUUCAUGAUAGUGUCAUCUUUAAGAUGCAACGAAUCGUCGCGACAACUCGUCAAAGAAGAAAAUACAAACAAAUUCUUCAUCGAUAUCUGACAAUUCCAUUCAAAUUUCAGAAAGAUUUUUAGAUAACAAUAUUAGUCACCCAUUUACAAGGGAAACUAUGGCAAAAAGUGGAUCAGUGUUGGCGAGCGGAAAUUUAGAAUUGCAACAUUUGAGUUUAAGUUGUAUGUCUUUUAUAUUAUACAUCAAAUUUUUGAUAAGUUCCAAUUCAUAUAUUUAUGACUGAAUAUGUUUUUUUGCGGCUAGUCAAUCGUUUGACAAAUAAGACAUUGAAGAAAUUGAUAUCGUGUUUGUAUUAUCAGAAUUAUGUGCUAUUAAAUGAUUACAGUAGAGGAUUACUAUACGUAUUU